AUGGCUUUAUUACUCAAAAAAAUUAACUUAGAUUUAAAAAAAAAGAAAAAAAUGAAUCAACUCAUAGUUUUUGCUUUAGUUAUUGCGUUACAUGUUUCGUUAAAUGAAGCAUGCAACAAAGUAAACAUCGUAGAGAUUCAUAACAACCUCGCUCCCGGUAGAGUUCUCAUGCAUCAUUGUACUGGUAGUAUCAACGAGCAAGACAAAGGUGUUCAAUAUUUAAAGUUCAACGAAGUUUUUCGCAUUGAGUUUUCGGAUGUUUCCAACAGACGUGAAAGGACAGAGUGGAAUUGCUUAUUGAGGCAUGGAGAUAAAUUGGAGUAUCAAUUUAAAGUUCAAGUAUACAGAGCUGCUGCUCUUGAACGAUGUGAUCAGUACCGUUCAUGGACAGCCAAAAACGAUGGGAUUUGGUUUAGAAGAGAUCGUACUAAACCAUCAGGGCAUGUAUUAAACUGGAAAAAGACUUGAUAAGUUUUGUGUUUUUUAUAUAUAUAUAUUUAUUUCGCAUCUUAUAAAUCUAUGCGUAAAAUAAGAGUCACAACAUUUGAUGUUUGGAUA